CACUUUGAUAGAUGUCAGGAACGGUUUUAUUUUGUCAACGAUUUUGUUGUUGCUGGUUUUACUUGCGGAAAAUUGCGCAAGCAAACUGAUUGUAAUUGUAUAAUACGUUUAGAUUUUCACCUAUCCUAAUAAAUCAACAAGAAUAUGAAAGACACGGUGCACAGCAUGUCGACAACUCCAAAUACUGAGGCUGUUCACGGUAACGGAGAGGCCUUGCCAGUGGAGGAAUCACCAGCCAAACUAAAAUUGAGAGGAUGGCUGAAUCGUCACCUUAAAAUCAAAAUGACCGAUGGCCGAGUUUUGACGGGGGCUUUUUUAUGUACAGAUCGUGAUGCCAAUGUUAUUUUAGGCUCGUGUUCGGAAUUCUUGUCAGAAGAACACACCGAAGCUAGAGCCCUGGGGCUUGUUAUGGUGCCAGGUCGACACAUUGUAACAAUUCACUUAGACGCAUAAUUAAUAAUAAGUAUAAGAAUAAACUAUUCUACGUCUGUACAUUGAUCAAUCAAUCAAUCAAUACAUUUUAGUAACAUAUUA